AUGGAGACUUCUUUCCAGAUGGAGGAGCCUGCCUUCCCGAUGGAGGAGGAAACUUUCCCUGUUUCCCUUCUCGAUUCUAUUCGCAAGCUUCGCGUGAGCUCCGCCGAUUCCGAUCGCUCAACCUCUCCGUUCCCCGAAUACAAAGAAGAAGAUGAGACCAUGAAAGAGUCUGAAAUGCAGUGCUCCGUUGAAUACAGCGAGAACUUCAUGGCUGCAUUGACAGAGGACAUCCGCACCAACGUCGUCGAGCCCAAUGUCUAUGUCGCAGUUGGACAGUCUGAUAAGAAGCUCAACUUGCUUGAGGACGUGAAGGAUCAUCUCGCGCAUCCCCAAUUGGCCGAUUCGGCUCGUGGGCGCUUCAUUGCCCUGACCAAUAUGGUCAUGCGCUUGCAGUACAUCCUGUUUAAACACACAGAAUGCUUUAUUCACCCUGUUGAUGUGGAGGAUGGCAUGGAGAUCGCUACUACUAUGAUGAACUACUUCACCUGGGUCGACAACAUGCUUCAGGAUCUAGUCAACACGGCCUCCAAUGUCUCUAACGUUCUUGCCAUGUUGCGUGAAGAGGACGUGCCGCCAAUGGUGCAGUAUAAGCGAAUGGUAUCUGUCGUCAGCGCUCAUCUACGAUCACCCCGUGUACUCGAAGAAAAACUGCUCUCCUUGUACAUGGCCAUGUUCGACGAAUGGAUUCACAACCUCUUUCUCGACCGCCGCAGUGAGUAUACUACGAAAGAACCUGUUGUGGAUAUGGGCCGCCUUCGCAUCACACAAUCCAUUCAUUUUAUCUGGGAAAAGAUAUUGCACUCCAUUCAUAACUAUGCUAUUUACCGAGAUGCAUUGCUGCGCAUCCGGACCGAGUUCUUCUCUUGUGUCAUGGACGAUGUGCACAAAGAGGCCAUGGUAGCCAUGGCUGAAGAUGAACAUAUGUGA